UACAUCCCCGCCGCUAUUCAGCUGUCGGGCUAAUUAGCAGUCGCAGUGUGCGGCUAGGCGCGGGCUCUGCAGGAGCUCAGCCUCCCGGACGGAGCGGGCGGCGGCGCGGCGAGGACGGUGGCGCACCGGGGCAGCCCCGCGCCCUGGCCAGUCUCUUACCACUCGAAUGUAAAAGACUUUCUUCACCUCUGGAUCCCCAGUGGCUAGAAAAGUGCCUGGCACACAGUGGAGCCUUAGCGCUGUUGUUGGAUGAGUGAGUGAAUGAAGCACGGGAGCAUUAAUGUCCUUGCAGCACAUGUCCUGCUCCCUGUGCCUCCUUUUCCCGAGUCCCAGAGCUGGAACCUAGCUGUGUUCACAUUUGGAUCCUCCUGGAAUGUAGCACAGACCCUCACUCACUGAGAGCCCCACGCCUAAGGAACAGGAGUGCCACAACCACAGCCCCGAUGGGGACUCCAGUUCUGACUACGUGAACAACACCUCUGAGGAGGAGGACUAUGACGAGGGCCUCGCUGAGGAGGAGGAGGGCAUCCCCUAAUACAUCCGCUACUGCCCUGAGGAUGACAGCUACCUGGAGAGCAUGGACUGCAACAGGGAGGAGUACCUGGCUCACGGCGCACACCCAGUGGACAUUGACGGGUGCCAGGAUGCAGUGGAGUAGACGGCCUGGACGGGCCUGCACCCCCAUGGUCACGGGGCUAAAGGCAGCCAGGACUACCCUGAUGGCCAGCUGCCCAUCACGGAGGAUGAGCUCUCUGUCCUGGAGGCCCACGACCAGGAAGAAGACAGUCACUACUGUCCCAGCAAAGAGGGCUGCCAGGACUACUACCCUGCGGAGGCUAACGGGAACACCAGCGCUUCUGCCUACCCCCUGAGGCGCGGGGACGGGGACCUGGAGGACCAGGAGGAGGACAUCGACCAGAUCGUGGCAGAGAUCAAGAUAAGCCUGAGUAUGACCAGCAUCACCAGCACCAGUGAGGCCAGCCCCGAGCAUGGGCCUGAGCCAGGGCCUGCAGGCUCUGCAGAGGCCUGUCCACCCAUCAAGGCCAGCUGCAGCCCCAGCAGGCACGAGGCGAGGCCCAAGUCGCUGAACCUCCUUCCCGAGGCCAAGCACCACGGAGACCCCCAGAGAGGCUUCAAGCCCAAGCCCAGGACCCCAGAAGAGAGGUUGAAGUGGCCCCACGAGCAGAAUGGGACAACAGAAGAAGUGACUUCAGAGGAAGAGGAAGAAGAGGAGAUGGCUGAAGAUAUAGAAGACUUAGAUCACUAUGAGAUGAAAGCAGAGCCGAUUAGUGGGAAAAAGUUGGAGGAUGAAGGAAUUGAAAAAGAAAAUUUGGCAAUAUUAGAGAAAAUUAGGAAGACUGAAAGGCAAAACCAUUUAAUUGUGGUUGACCCUGAUAGUCCUUUGCACAGUGAUCUUCAGAUCUUCAAAGAAAAAGAAGGCGUAGGAGAUAUUUUGCUUAACUUAUCUUUUAAGGAAUUGUUGUGGUUGUCAAUUGGGUUGUCUUCCUGAAGUAUGAAUCCGGUAUGUAUUGGGUGGAGGAGCAUUAUGUAUUGAACUUCUCACAAAACAGGGCUGAAGCAGUGCCUACUCGACAGAACCAGUCAUCGUACAAAGAAAUGCCACCUGACUCAAAGGCAAAGCCAGAGUGCAGCUUGGAGCAAAGAAGGUA